AUGGGAGGAAGUCGGAGUUACUCAGCGAAUCCUAACGAUUACAAGCUUCUAGAAGAGGUUGGUUAUGGCGCCAGUGCUACUGUUUAUAGAGCGAUCUUCCUUCCUACUAACGAGAUUGUAACUAUGAAAUGCUUGGAUCUCGAUCAUUACGACAGUAAUCUGGAUGAUAUCCGUCGGGAAGCUCAAACAAUGAGUUUGAUUGAUCACUCAAAUGUUAUUCGGGAAUAUUGUUCUUUUGUGGUUGACCAUAAUCUUUGGGUAGUCAUGCCUUUCAUGUCAGAGGGUUCCUGUUUGCACCUCAUGAAGUCAGCAUAUCUAGAUGGUUGCGCAAAGCCUACUAUUGGUUCUGUUCUAAAAGAAACUCUUAAAGCUAUAGAUUACCUUUAUCGACAAGGACAUAUUCAUAGGGAAGUUAAGAUCAGUGCCUCAAAAAAAAACAUACUGCUUGAUAACAAUGGCAUAGUAAAGCUUGCUGACUUUGGUGUUUCAACUUGCAUGUUUGAUGCAGGAGAUAGACAACGUUCUAGAAAUACCUUUGUUGGGACUCUUUGUUGGUUAGCUAUUUUUAUGGCACCAAAGGUCUUGCAGCCUAGAAGUGGAUAUAACUCCAAGUAUGGAGUGAUUCAUGUGAAAAGAUAUCAUGUUGCAGUGCGUAGACAGAUUGAAGCAUUUAUUUGCUUCAUUGCUGCAAUGAUGUGA